AUGGAGUCGUCUGGCGAAGGUGAGCAUAUACGUAAGACACUUUUAAAAACUGUCAGAUGGAAGAGUAAUUGAACGUUCUUGCGCCAUGUCGGUACUCACCAUGCUAUGCCUGCUGCAAGCAUCGCCGGCUGCGUUUUGUUUUACUAUGCCUCGGUAAGAACACAAGCCAUUUGCUUCCUCGAUGUCUCUGAAUGGUUUCCGUUUUUGAACGCGUACACCUGACUUAUUAAUUUCUUUAAGAAUACCUCUGCAUAGUCCCUCUCAUAAACAAUAAUAAGACAACAAAAUUUAGUUGAGAGGUGGGUUUGCACAACCAGCCGUUACCUUGCAUCUUUCCAAUGCCACAUUUCGCCCCUCGCUGAUAUGUCAACAGAGAAAAAGUCCUACCAUCAACCAAUGAACGUCCUGACCUUGCAUAGCUAAGUCUCCCAGAGAUUAACACUUUGCAAGGUGCACGUGGCUUGCAUGGAUUAAUCAAUGCAGGCUUACGGUUUAUUUAUCAAAUUCCAGUGACUUUUUUUAUUUCUAUUACCGGAAAAAAACCAAUGUUUGAAGAAAAUAUGACACUGUUUAAAUGACGUUGAUGGAACUCGCAUCGCGUGGACGGACCAGCCUGACAGUUGCUGAUUCUAUGGUUUUUGUUGUAUUUCAUACCAAUUUAACGAUAUUUCCUUUGAAUUCCGUGCAUCGAUUUAAAAUAACACCAAAGCUAGCAACGAAUGCUCCUUGCAUUUUAUGACGAGAAAUAAGGAAUAGCUGUCUUUCUGGCACCUUGUCCAUCGAUAUUCGGUCGUGUGCGUGUAGUUCAAGCAAACUUAUUGGAAUUUGUACGGUAAUUGCAGUCGGGUCAUCGGUAGGCUCUGAGUCAAUUGCAGUUCCGCUAACAAUAUUGGCCUGCAUAUGAAUAUUUUAUUUUGUAGCUCAGCAUUGCUUAGCACGAAACGUAAUAUUUCGCCAGAAAGUGGCCUCUUUGUAUUCGCAAAAAUAACGCUUAACUUUGGACUUUAUGUCCAGAGUUCAUGCCCAACUGUUUGAUUUUAUUAGGACUGCCAAUGGGAAAAAUUGCGAAUCAACUGUCGUCUAGAGGGACAGCACACCUCACCUCUGCUCAGGUUUUUAUCAUUCAGGCAGUGCCCGCGCCUUGAUUUCCAUCUAAUUCUUUUCGCUGCGUAUUCGCUGUUAAAUUAUCCGUCCUAAUGUCAAAGCCGGCUCCUAUAUUCCACCUGUGCUAUGCGAAAACCCGGAGGUGUUGAUACCCCUUUCACGAAAAGUCGAUUCGGAAACCGAUUUUUUAACGUCCCGCGCGGUCAAAUUUACUAAGAGAUUGUCCAGCCAGGUAGUGUAAGUUGGGUUUUCGUCGCAGUACAUAGUAGCUUGGAAAGUAAUAACUGAGGGACAGCAAGAAGGAAGAAUGGCACAGAAAGGGUUGCUUGUUUCAGGUGAAUCAUUCGCGUCUUCACGAAGUAGGCCGUUUUGUUCAGCGGUCGGCAAAUGGCAACUUGAAUCCGCGCUCGAACUCUUAGUCUGGCAACCUGCGUCAGAGCUCAAAACAGACUUCAUCAAGUACCUGCUAAGCCAAAAAAAUCAAAAUAGUUUAGUCAAAUAUGGCGGUCAUUUAUGCCUACUUGAAAUGCAUUUUGCUCAAUGUGAGGAGAAACGGCAACUUCAUUUCUGACCCAAUUGUGAAAAACUCGGCGACCUCAGUGGGAUUGGAAUCAACGACUAUAAAGGAAAGGCUUGGGCACAGUCAACGUUCUAGCCCGCGUUGGGAGCGGUGAGUUUAAUAUCAUUUGUGUAAAUUUACACGUCCAGCCUACUGAAACUAGUAGAAUUCACCAAAUCGAAUACAGAAAACUGACUGCUCAAGCAGGAUUUCCCACCUAAUCAAUCUGGAAUACACGGGAUGACUACCAGUCACAUGUAAUGUGAAAGGCAAGUCUCGGAAAAGAUGGCAGGACAAGAUAGUUCAAAAACAAAGUAAAUGUUAAUAGUUGAUCACGAAAAAUCACUAUUACCGUGAGGUUUGUCUUAUAUCAACCAGUGUUAAGAGAGAAAGUGGGCACGAUAAAUAAAGACAAACAGUUAAUCCCGUACACCGCCACAAAUCCAUCCUGGCAGUAUUUUUACAGCUAAAGAUUCGGCUUAAAAAUUCAAGUAGUUGGUUGCACUUUCCUCUUGCACGAAAGCACAAGGCUUCCAACAAACCAUCCUCGCCUACAGACACGCACAUAUUGACCCAGGCAUAGGGAGAAUACGUCACUGUAAACGUUUUUCGUCAUCCAGAUUAUCGCAACGCAUUUGACUUGGUUGAAAGGUUACUUUGGUUUUGGAAUUGGGAGUAAUCCGGUCAUUUCAGGAGCGUCAUCUUUCUAUGUACUGUGUUCAGCACUGAGGAUACAUGUCAGUCCUUCAACCAAGGCAAUACUGGACGAACUCAAAGGAUACAAACUAGAAUACCGUGGCAAGGUGACUCUGAAGGGUCGAGGCGACGUGGACACGUAUUGGCUAGAGGGCAAAAGGGGUUUCAAGAAAUCAAUAAAAAGGCCCCUUGAAAGUGACGGGUUAGUAUUCCUAUUCUUGAUGUGGUCUUCUAUUCAAUUCCCUUGCCGAAUUUUCAUUGACAAACGACUUAGGAAUUGACAAUAGUAAAUUACUAGAGAAAGCACGAACUGUGGGAGAAAAAUAGGCAAUCGGUGAUGGCACUAAUAGUAUAACCUAACAUAUACAACAUGAAAAUUAAGCUGACCAAUUGGCUCGCUGGAAACAAAUAUUGAAAAGUGAACUUUGAAAUAUAUAUUCCAGAACAACGAUAGUUGUAACGUCGAAAGUGACGGGAUCCAACACUGGCUUACUCACGAUUUUCCCCCAUGCGCCUGUGACCUGUCCCUGCCAGACCGACUUCACGUGCUAUUGGGCUCAUUUAUUUGCGUGGUUUGACGUUGUGGUGGUCAAGCGGUGUGAAUGUGUAGCAUGUGAGCUACAAUCGUUAGGUCAAAUCCCAUGUUUGAAGGAAGAAGACAGAAGGAACCCGAAUGAGGGGUUUAUUGUGCACAGAACCCGGUGUUGUCCUCUCAGGAGGCAGUGGCCACUGGCGAGGCCAGGGCUAGUGUUGACUGCGUCCAGUCAGGCCUGAGAGUCCUUGAGGUAGUUGUGGCAGCCGCUUUUGUAGGCUCGUGGUCCAAGCUCCAGUGGUGUCCAGUCAGCGUGUGUUGCAUUUGCCGAGGGGUGGUGUCCCAGUGGCUUGUUUUGCUGGUUGCAGGGGGUGGCGCGUUCAAGUGGCCGCAUGGGCAGCUGCGACUGCGCGGACGCAGGUAUGCCCGAGCUGUUGGUCGUGUGACUUCAGGUCAGCUCGUCGGGGACGGCUCGCUGCAAGGGGUGAAUGACCUUGAGGCAGCGAGGUCUUGAACAAUGACGCCAGACCAGUCAGGAUGGCUAGUCGCCACAACGUCCUAUCUUGCGUACGACGUAAGAAUUCUGCAACAACAAUGUCCAUUAUACAGAUAACUAGAAUCGUGAAGAUUGGAGGUUAUCAUGUUAGUGCAAAUCCGCAAUUCAACACUGAAUUUUACCUUUUAUCUUCUGAUAUGUAUAUAUAGAUAUAGAUACAUGUGAUAUAUGUGAGUACAUAGAAAGGGAGAAAAGAAGCUAAUUUCUGGGCUAGGGAAGGCCAUGCUGGCUUCAUCCCUUAAUAGUACAGUUAGUAGUACACAUCUGAUGUGGAAUAUAUAGACAAAUACAACGGACGACGUCGUGUUUAGGUAUUGUUGCCGAUAAGGCAAAGGUUAAAUCAAACUCAGGCCUGCCUUUGACCCUAUAAAUAGAAAGCGAUUGACCCAAGAAACCAAGAUAACCGCAAUCAUUAUCGAAAUAUCGCCUGAAUUUUACCUGUCUAAAAUAGAGCUUUGUCGGUAUUGACGGUUUGGUUGAAAACUGGAGCGUGCUUACCUGCUGAACUAUGUAUUCGAAAAUCACAACGGUUGCAGGAUACCUUUCUAUAAGCUGUGGGAGUAGCAACCGGGUAUAAAGAACGCCAACCUAACAAGUCUACUACGAGGCAGGCCGUCAAGGCAGGAUGUGGCGGUGUUUCAUAGAAUGCUACAUUUCCGCCCAAACCUGGCCGUCGCGUUGUUGUCUCGAAAUCGAACUCCCCUCUCUCCCACCUUAUCAAGUUUCUUUGUUGGUUACUUUUACCUAAAAUUUUUAAUUAUAGACACCAGUUUAUUUUGGACUUGCUACGGAAGAUAAGCCUGUCCACAGGAGGUCCCGCCACGAACGAUAUGGGGGAGCAGAACGAGUACCUGAAUGCUUCACAGCGGCCUUCGUUGGACACGGUGGGACGAGCAAGUCUGGACUACACUACCUUCUUCCAGUCUAGUUUAAAAGUACCAGAAAGGUCUCGUCGCAAGGGCAGUUUCAGAUUAAGUGGAGCAGAUCAAAGAAGGAGCUGGAAACGUAAAUCGCAGGAAGGUCUCGAAGGAGGAUUAAACGAAAAAUACAGACCACGUAAACAUCACUGAAAGCAAAUUCAUAUGGUUCCAUCCCCAGAUCAUUGUUGUCAGACACCACCUUUCUUAAUGAGUUUGUCUGCUUGAACACUCUUCUCACCUGAAUGCGUCAUACUGCAUAAAGCGAGAAAAAAAGAAAGACUGGCAUUUAAACUUUCAUUUUUUUCUGCAUGCUACUCUAUCUAUAACCAAGUCUCUAUAGCCAACUCCCAUAGCAGAACAAGUUCCACUAGAAAGGAGCGACCGAUCGGUGCGUGGGGGUGGACAGAGAUGGUGUCGUGGAGAACGGUAUCACUGCUGGUGACGAGAGGGUGACUGCGGGAUUCGUAUCUGGAUGCAUCUCGUCAGUGGAGGAACCGACAUAACAUUGAUCAACUGCCAUAACUUUGAGACAGAUCAUGGGAGUCAUGUGAAGGAAAUAUAUGGAUGGUUUGGACAACCUGCCGAUCACUUCAUUCUGCAUUCCGCAGAAAUUUUGAUGUCUUAUGUGAUAAAGUCCAAGUGAUGGAUUAACCAGGAGCCAGUCAUUAUAAUGGAGGACAACAUUACAAAGCUAAGGAGUUUGUACUGUCUGAAGAUUAUGAAGACGCCGUGCUUGACGAAGCUCCGAAGAUGCUUAAAGGCGAUCUACAAGUUGAUCACUUUACGUCCAAACUGCUGUACAAAAUCUUAUUAAGAAAGAGUUUUCUGGAGAUGAAGCAGUUAAGAAGUUGGCGGGACCUGCGAGAUGUUGCAGUAAUACUGCCCAUCAGAAACCUUUAUGACAUUGAAAUGGUGGAAGAAGGGGGAGUCGGUCGGUAGGCGAGUAGGUUGGCGAGUAAUCCACGGCCUGUUUGACCCCGUUAAGCGGAGGGAGGACGCAUAGUAAGAUUGCCCACUGUGCUGGUGAUUGGAAACAGUGCUUGUGGUCGGAUGUAUAUUAUAAGCGUAGUUCGGGAGGAAUUGAUGGCAAAAUCUUGUAAUAUGGCGCAACCACUUUAGCCUGCACUCGGUAUGCCUCCACUUUCGGGAGUAACAGAUGAACGCCGGUAGAUCCAACCAGACAGUUCAAAAUAGACGGGACGGCGGCGCACUUAAAGUUGUCGAUUAUGACGCUUCCAUCCUGUUACUUGCUAAUCACUAGGGCGAAACAUUCAUCGUUUUUCUAGGUUUCGGUACAGGCCACUGCGAUGUUACAAAUGCAACUGUAACAAAGCGGCUUCCGUGUAUGGCUCAGGACGAAGGUCGCUGACACUUGUAACAAUGCGAAGAUAUUCAAAUAAGUGAUGAUGGCCAUCUUCGGAGGGUCUUGUGUGGUAACAGAAGUCUGAUGACAUGUUCGGAUCAGAUUGAUUUUGGAGAAGAGGGAUCUGCAGAAUAGAGUGCCAGCAAAGUUCUGAAAAGUAUGGAUUGGGUAACUCCCCGGGAUGAUGUCAUUUCUCAGCAGAAUGCAGACGCCGCUGGUGCCUCCGCCGCUAAUUGCGGACUCUUAAACCAUGUGCAUGUAAUACUGAGUUGCAACAUACGUUGGUACUUUAGCUUGACGGUAGUCGUACGCGCAAGUGCGAGAUGGUGGAAACAGAAAAGCCUGGAAGACUUCUGGCCUGGAUGCAUUAAACCCCAUCGCAACUAUGGGCAACUGUGUUGAAAAUGGGAAGCGUGAUUGUGAGAUAGAUGAGAAAGAGCAGCCAAAAUGGUCACCCUGGAAUGAAAGUCCCGGACAGCUAGCUGACUUUGGCUCCCGAAAGAAGAAAAUGUAUCGAUGGAUAGGGUAUUUCCUCAAUGACGAAGGCGACAUUACUGACAGUCAAUGGUGAGUUUGAAUGCAGGAAUUUUGUCACCGUAACGACCUGUGAAAGUAGACGAUGUAGUGUAAUUUUCAGAGACAGAAUGCAGUAUCCGUAGUUGGUUGUGAGGAUGGGAUCUCAGACCUGUACGAUAAAACGCCAUACAACCUUGGCUUCGAGUGAAUGGAAGGUCAGCCGUCAAUGGGUCUGUAUGAGAAUACAGUGAUCAGUUUCUUUGCAUUUAUUCCGAAAAUGCCGUACCUUUUUCGCAUUGGUGUUCCACUAUUAGAUUUACGCAUUAUGCACACUAAAACUGCAUGCAACUUUUUGUAAGUUACCCGUUUUCCCUCACACCAGUACCGUUUAAAGGGAGUUUUCAGGGCUUCUGUCGUUUACUCCAAACAUAUUGGCGCUUACUGACUGUGUCUGUUAAAUAAAAUAAUUUAAUUAGAAUGUAAGAGUGGUUUUUAACAUCCGCCGUCCGCUCCUCCUUCUUUGCAGCAUCUUUUAUUUUGAGUUUUUGACAGCUACCGGUCGAGACUUCUGAGACAUUCUUAAACACCCUUAGGAACAAUGUAAAUUCUCCUGAAUAUGUUACUGGUCAUUUACAUAAAUAAUUUUCCUGGGAGCAUCAAUAAAACUGGUUUCAUUCACGCGCGCUGGAUGAUUAUCAAGGAAUUUAACCAUUGCCUCCACGAAGACCUCUACAACGGGUGAGCAAUACAAUUCAUGCAACCCAGCGCUGUCGUCAUAUACAGAAACGUCCCGCUAAAUGAUAAUAUGUUCGGGUUUGCGAGUGCAUAACUACAAGUUUACCUGUUUUAAGGACCUGCGUUGUAAAGCACGUCAUUAAGAAAUACUGACGAUGGUUUCUCCUAUCUUUACCGUUUUUACUUAUGGGUAAUCGGUUUCAAGUACAUGGCUUGUCGGUCCUUCCCGAACGAUGCGCACAACAUGACGUCAAAAUUUGCAAGCAUCCUGAAAAUUUGAAGGCCGCUUAUCCGAUCUGUGUCUUGCGUAUUUUAGACAUACGUUGUAAGUUGUUGGAAUUAUAUUUCAUUAAUAUAUUUUACUUAGAGACAAAUAGCGUCAAUCAUUAACCUUCUGUAAAAAUCUCCCACAUGUCACGACCAAAAUACAAAUAAUCAUGCUUCUUCCUUAAUUAUAAAGUCCAACAGCAAGCGCGCAUCUCUAUCCCUCUUCUUGCAGAACGUGAGGAUUAUUAUAACAUUGCUUGGACAAGUAAUUAACACAGAAGAAGCGUUCAGUUUACUGUGUGAAAGAGAGUAGUUCGGUUCAUGGAAGAAGAAAGUUUUCUAGUUUGAGCAUACUGUUGUAACCCUACUGGCCCCUUUGUCACGUAACAAAACUCCCAUUUUUACACCCUUGAUUAUCCUGGGGUUUAAAUCCAACAAGCAUAAGCUGUGACAGUUCGUUUCUAUAUUCAAAGUGGACUUAAAGAAAAAAACGAAGUGUAAAUGUGAACCUACCAUUUUCGACCUAUCACAGUACUGCGUGCACAAGCUAAUUUAAAAAAUAACAGAUUGGGCAGCAACGACUGCACAGGUAGGCACUCUGCAGCCGGAUUACCACACAUGAGUUAAGCAAAACCUGAAUAAAUUUAGUGAUUGUCAAACACGAUAACGAAGGUCGUACUGACUAAGACUCCGUCAGGAAUCCUCGAAGUAGAAAUAGAGGUAGAUGACUUGAAAAAUGAGAUGGGAAUUUAAAUAAAAUGUUUCUGUGUUCAUCAGCUGUGCAAAUGUCAGUGGCUUUAGAAAUUCCGAAAAAUGGACAAACUGUGCGCAUAUGGUUUCCACGAAAGUUGCAGACGGCGAAAAUAUGCUGGCCCGCCUUGUCGACUGCAAAAGAGACACAUCAAAAUCUGUUCCGGAAACAUUAUUAUGCUCUCCUUUUUGAUGUCCGCAUGCAGGGCAUUCAAUCCGCAAAAGGCCGACGCACUGCGCAUGCUCUCACUACCACGACCCCCUAAAUGUACCUGCCAGAAUGAGGUCCGGGCUUCACUUUUAUGCCUGGCUUCCUCGACUCUUCCAAAUGUCUCCUGUCCGUUACGGUCUACGAACAGGUUGAAGGUAGUCAUAGAGGGAAUCUACCCUACUGGAUACAGAACGUCGUGGUGACCAGUACUAAUGGAGAAGUGCACAUAACUUUUGAAGUUCAGCCCCGUAAUACGUCCCACCAAGUGCGUGAUCGGUCCAUCUGCCAUCAUAUGCAUAGACCAUCCAGUCCAAAACGUCAUUCUUCAGUCAUUUCGUUCAAACAUUGCUGUGAACCAAUCGUUUCCUAGACCAACCUCUGACAGCCAGUUAAAGCACUUAAUGAAUCUGGUUAAUCUAUAUAUCUAUCUUCUACUAGCUGGACCCCACCACGCGUUGCUGUGGCUCAGUCUGAUGAAAUGUACACAAAAAAGGAAGGGAACAGGUUUCUUAUAUGUGUUAGUGCAUAAUGCUAGUGGGUAUACGAUAUUUUUGUCAUUGCGUUGUCGCUGCAGACACAAAUAUUGUCUGGUUUGCCGACUCGGGAGCACGCAACGCAUAACUGGCUAUGUGAGAAGCAAUCCGUUUGUAGAUCCAAAACUGCUCGAUUCCACGGACUGGCCCUGAGCUUUGCUGAUCGUGAAUGCAAACGGCAGUCGAAUCGGGAAAUGCAUCAUCCUAAAUGGAAAUGGCAUGUCAGUUGGAAUCAGUGGAAUGCGAGGAAUAAGGAUAUACUCUCCUCUAAAAGGUCCUGUCGAGAUAUUGGCUCCCCGUACGUCGUUCACCAAUGGUUUUACUGAAAGCCGCGUGCCGUUGGUAAGCUUCGGCUGAUUGAUUUCUCGCAGCAAGAUAACCGGAAAACCGAUUUUCAAUUACGCUUAUCGCGCCGUCGUCCUCGACAGAGCAAGCGAAUUCAAAAUUUCUGUGAUAAUUAACUACCUCGUCUGCUCCCACACCAGUGUCGACAGACGUGCAUGGGGCUGCCCGGCUUUGAGCCUUCGACUGAAUAGUAUGGUUAAGUAGGUAGACUUCUUUGUUCUUGGCCGCAAUAAUAGCUCGUUCGCUCAGGCAAUCGUGAAUCGUAUAAUUGGUUUGAAUAUUGGGAAGUAUCUUUGUAACGUAUUCUUAUUUUCACGACACUAAGUUGCCCAAAGUAGGAGGCAGUGAAAUGCGCCCUGAAGACGGAUUUACCGGCACCCAUCCGUUCCCAGUUGUCCGCCAUCGGUGUGAGAAUAUCUCAGACUUUCGGUCGUUUUGCAGCUGGAGCACGCCUAUGUUUAGUUAAUUUUAACGUCUGGACGUGGCACCACCAAGAAGCCUAUUUCAGGCAGGCAUUUAUUUCCUCCGCUGGUGUGUAUCGGGGAAUUAAAGACAGUGUUGUCCCGAGUCUCCUGCAAGCAGUAACAAUGCGUCUCCAAAUGGUCUGCUGUUUCCAUGCAAACCUUGCAAUGGUCGGCCAAGGGCCUCGAGCGUUUUUGUGCGUCAUUGUGCAUUCACCCCGAACAAUAAGUUUGCAUUUCUGCAGUAGGUUUCCCAUGCCGGAUGUCUUGGAAAUGUUGCACGUAGGAGUUUCAAUGAACUGCACGUUCAACAGCAAUUGUAAAGCUGAAUGAGCAGUUCUUCCACCGGGUAGCCAGGUCGCAGCUAUUCCGGACCACGCAAGAGCCAAGGCUAUGUCAAUUUUGCAUCGAAGUGCUGGCAGAAUUAGUCGUAGUAGGAACGCUUUUACCAGUCCCUUUCUGGCGCAUCCAAAUGAUUCCUCCGACCUCGCUAUUGGCAGUCCGCAUUAUUUGAUCGUAAAUACCAUCCUGCUCCAGUGUUAGCUUAGGAAGGUUUGAUUAAAAAUACGACAGAACAUCAACCCUGUUGUAGAUUUGCUCACGCCGCAAAUCCACGUCUAACGAAGUAGCAGUAGAUCGCUUUUGGUGAUGGCUUUCCCAUUCUAUUGAGAACUUUGGUCGUGAUUUCUACGCACACAUCCUCAAUCAUUAUUAACACUUCGCUGUAGAUUUUCUGCUGUGAAAUCCACAUUUGAUUUGUCCUUGCGUAUUAGACGGAAGAUGCCUUCUGCACACAUUCCCUGUGUAAUACGUAGGCACUUUCGAAUGCAGCAGUGGUUUUGCAAGCGCGUCAUUUUGGCUUAACGUGAAGAACGCAGUUAAUGUUGUUGCCGGCGGAACUAAGGCAACCUGGUGCACAUUUGCGGCUGUGAAGUAAACGCAUUGCCCAUUCUCUAACUGCACUGCAGGCGAACAACACCUGGACUUCGCUCAUAGAUGGGGGAUGAAAGAAUUCGCACACGGCUUUGUUGCUGUUCACGCAUCUUCUAGCCCAAUACUGUGCGAUUUCAUCCAGUUGUAUGUCCGCAUCCUUUGUCUCUUUUCGUGCUGCAAGCCGAAAACGGCCAUGUCGCUGCCUUCGCUCACGUACUUACAAAUGUACCAAAUUUAGUUCCCGGAAUUGCAGUUAUCCACGUUUAUGUGAGCUGCGUUUGCUUUUAAAAGCAAAGGCGAAUACGAAACAACCCAUCGGUUACCGACUUCUCUGUCACCGAUUCGUGUUCGUACGGUUGCCAAUUUACCGACGUCUUCCCCUGAUCCUUUUCUUCGCCGUGACUUCGGGCAAAUCAUUGUCAACGUCGGCGUCAGAUAGUUCAGCGCAUAUUUCAUCGGCGAUUUCGCAGGAGGUGAUCUUGUUGUAGAGUCAGAUUCAGGCAUGCGCGUGGGGCAGUCCCAAUCCUUUGCCAUUCCCCAUAAUACAUCCAACAGCGCACAGACCCAAACACCUCGUGUUUCACCAUUAAGUUCAUCAGCGAUUGCAUUUUCUUCCUGAAAACACGUGCUUGAUGGUCUGAUUCAAGCGAAUAAAAAGCAGGCGUUCAGUUUCGAUUUUUGCAUACAUAUCCACAAUGCAGUGAUGAAGCAACUGACGGCAUUUCAAAAGGGGAUUACGUACAUUCUGUCGUAUAAUAAGUCGGUAGGAGUAGUGGUUCAUUGCGCUGCAUUUCAUGUGCGUUACCUCGUCACUGACUUCAUUUAUCAUCCUGACGUUGAAGUGAUAUCCAUCAGCACCAUCUCCGACUGCCAGUAUAUAUGGUAUCACCUUACCCUAAAAUCAUUAGUCUUCCAACGGUUGUUAUCGUACCGUCGUUUACAACAGCAUCAGCCUGCGUGAAUGCUGAGCACGGAGUCGUGUUUGACGCUGGUCUGCUGUUCCUCGCUGGCGCCACUCGGCCACUCCCAGUUGGCUGUGUUCAUCCUGUUGUGAACGAAGCAGGCCUGAAGCUGCAGAACGCGGUAGCCGUGACCGUAACCGGGCUUCCGCAAGCCGAGCUGCACAAAACUGAGCUGACACUGGGUGACAAUCCCCUUAUGUGGGCUUUGCAGAGGGGGGGUGGGCAGGCGCUGGUGUUAACUGCAUCCAGUCCUCACCCCCGAGAAUCCCCGAGGCAGCGGUGACGGCCCAAUUAGGUGGGUAGUGUGGGGCAAGUUCAUGUGGAGCCCAAGAGUUGCGUGUUUUUUUUGCCGCAGGGUGAGUGGUUUGCUCUGGCGGCCCAUAUUGCAUCGGCCCAGAGAGGGUGGAGGGCCUGCUCAAGUGCCUGCAGGGGUGGGUGGUGGGGUGAGCGCGGUCGUCGGGUGGAGCACGUGCGUCUGAACGAAUGUCGGUCAAGUGGCCACAGUCUGGGCGCUCAUGUGUCCGCGCGGAUUUAGGUCAAGUGGCCGCAGAAGGUGGCGUUGGUAUGCUGUGCCCUGAAGAAUAUAGUCCUCUGCAUGAUGCAGUUGUAAACGACGGUAGUACACCUAAAGUGGUAAAACUACAGAUUUUUGUCUUCACAUGCACAGAGAGUCCACGCCAUAAGCUCGGGUGCGCUCGAGGUGCAAUUGCUUACGUUUGUCAGUACGGGCCCCCAGACCUACUCAUUACAUUCCCAUGCAAUCCAGCUUGGGGGGGAUAUUUAUCAGCUCCUACUUCCUAGGCUAUCGCCGGUGAAUAGGUAUGACAUCACACUACACACACAAAACACUAAAAUCGCUGAUGAACUUUAUGGUGAAACACGAAGUGGUUGGGUCUGUGCGCUGCUGGAUGUAUUAUGGAGAAUGGCAAAAGAUGGGGACUGCCCCAUGCACAUGUCCUGAUCUGGCUUUAUAACAAGACCGCUUCCAACGAAAUCACCGAUGAAAUAUGCGCUGAACUAUCUGACGCCGACGUCGACAAUGAUUUGCCCGAAGUCGAGGCGAAGAAUACGUUAAAUGGACUUUGAGGUGCCCUGAGUCCCAAUUGUCCCCCCCCCCCCCUCGACCCUCACCUCCAGGUAUGAUACACGGAAUGUGCUCUAAGAAAGUAUCCUCAUGCAUUCGUAUGCACCACAGUUACCGGUAACGACGGAAGUGCCUUAUACCGAAAACGACCAGCGGAAGACGUCGGCAACUUGGCAACCGUAUGAAUGCGAACCGGUCUCCUACAAGUCGGUAACCGCUUGGCUGUUUCGUAUUCGCCUUUACUCUUAGACACAAACGUAGCUCACAUAAACGUGGAAAACUGCAAUUCCGGGAAAUGAAUUUGGUAAAUUUGUAAGUACGUGAGCAAAGGCAGCGACAUGGCCGUUUUUGGCCUGCAAAGCGAAAGUAGAGAAAGGGAUGUGGGCAUCCAACUCUAUGAACUCGCGCAGUACUGGGCUGGAAGAUGCGUCAACAGCACAAAUCCGUGUGGCGUAUUCUUUCAUCCCCAAUCCAUUAGCGAAAUCCAGGUGUUGUUCACUUGCAGUACAGUUAGAGAAUGGGCAAUGCGUUCACUGUACAGUUGCAAAUGUGCAACAGGUUGCCUUAGGUCCACCGGUAACAACGCUAAGUACGUUCUUAACGUUAAGGCAAACUGACGCGUUUGCAAAAACACUGCUGUAUUCGGAAGUGCCUACGUAUUACACAGGGAAUACGGGUAGAAAAUCAUCCGAACGACGCAAACGAGGAAAUCGAGUGGACGGCCACCUCGGUAUAUUCAAAUGAACUGCGAUAGGCAGACUGCACACCGUGCAUCCCAAUCUUACUUCGUAUGGUGUUGGUGAAUGUGCCCGGUCCAGUGUUAUUCCAGAACUUAAAAUAUGUCAAUGGCGUUACGCAUUCCACUUUCAGCAGUGCGCGUCAGGCUCUUCAGUUACUGGAGGACGAUCAACGGUGGGACGAAUGUAUUAAUGACGCCUGCUACACGUCCCAUCCACAUCAAAUUCAUGCAUUGUUUGCAGUCAUAUUGACCGCAUUCUCUCCUUCAUCUCCAACAGAUUUAGGGGAGAAAUAUAAAUUACACAUGACUAAAGGUAUCUUCCGUCGACUAUGCAAGGAAAAUUCAAAUGUGACUUGCACAGCAGGAAUUUACAGCGAGGCGUUAAUAGUGACUGAGGAUAUGUACACAGCUCAGUAUUGUGCAGCUCGGCUUGCGGAUGCCCGGUUGCGGUCACGGCUACUGCGUUCUGCAACUUCAGUUCUGCUUCGUUCACAACAUCAUGACCACAGCCAGCUGGGAGUGGCCGAAUGGCGCCAGCGAGGAACAGCAGACCAGCGUCCAACACACCUCCGUGUUCAGCAUUCACGCAGCCUGA